AGUGAUGAAACAAACGAAACCCGGAAGUAACAUGCGACUGUUUUCAUGGAGGCUGUUUAACACUUAAUAACAAACAUGUGAAGUGUGCAGUUUAUAAGCUGGCAAAUGGCAGGAAUUACAUUUACAUGGAUUUGGCUGUUUAACGCGGUUUUAUGUUGUUUCGCUGACGAUGUGAGCCAUGUGUCUGGGUUCUACUCCAGUCCGCCCCAGAGGUUGUCUAAGUACAGCUGGUUCGGGAACGCGCGCCUGUUCCGGUUCCAGGUUCCUGAAGGGGCGGAGCUUGUGCACUGGUCCCUUACGGUACUGCGUGGCUCCGGGUUCAGCUGCAGCGACCAGAACAUCGCAGUACACUUCCGGGCCGGAGCGCCGCCGGUCAUCAACCCCAUUAACACGUCUUUCCCGAAUUCCACGGAAUUCUCUCUGGCUUACAAUCUGACUGUGAGUGUGAGGGACGCUCAGGCCAUCAGCACCACGCUGUUUAACGUCACGCAGCCUGAAGCUGGAGACUGGUUCAUUGCCGCUCAUCUGCCUAAAGACGAUGGCAAGAUACAACAGCAGGGGCUGCCAUCGUGUUCGUAUUUGUUGCAGCCACAGAUGUAUGUGAGGAGAGCCGUCAACACGCCGAUCCUGCAGACCAACAUUCCUCUCAAUCAAACUCUCACUCAGCAACAAGCUCAGUACAGGGUUUAUGUUCUGGAGUUUUCCUCUAAGCUGGAAGUCUUUAUCCAGUCGUGCUCAGUACAGACUGUUCCUGUUAGAGAGUGCUCGCUGUCAAUCACAUUAGGCUCCGCCUCUUUGGGCCAGAGCUCAGUGAUUACAGCAAACUGCUCUGGGAACCAGCCGUGCUCUGUUUCUCUGUCCAAUCCUCCGUGGAACACCUGGGUGAGGGUUUCAGUGCUCAGCCGAGCGAAUGGAACAACGACCUUCAGCAUCUCAGCAAACUACACAGCAAGCUGUAAGCCCUUGAGUGUCCCUGCAGAUGUGAACAUCUCCUUUCCCCUCAGCAGCUCGUCUCUCAUACCAUUCUCCAACACCUCACUGUACACUAACAGCUGCAUCCAGACCCCAGCUGUGUUACGGGAGACACAGGACAUCUUCUCAGUUCGCUUUACCAUCACUAACAACAGUGUGACUGCACUGUCCCUCUUCCCCACCAUGCUGACGCUGGAGCUGGACUCUGCAGACAGUGGGGGAGUGCUGAUCCUCCAGCUCCAACUUAACACGACCUCUGUUACUGGUCCAUUCGACAGUGUGAGGGUGUGUUUAACACCUUCUGCUCCUGUUCUCCAGCUCAACACUAGCCAGUCAUGUGAUGCAGGAUUCAUGAAGGGAUAUCCACUCAGAGUGAACAGUAAUGAAACAAAGGCGUUGUUGAGAAUUCCAUUUCCUAAACCUGUGACCUGGUACCUCAGUCUGCAAAGCAUCUGUAACAACAGUGUUGAAUGCAGUAACAUCUCGGCUGUGGUGAGUGUGUCGGCGAGUGUGAGUGCGUGUGUUGACGACUGCGGACCGUACGGAGAAUGCAGGCUGCUGCGCACAUACAGCUACAUGUACGCUGCCUGUGUGUGUAAAUCAGGUUGGUUGGGUUGGAGCUGCUCAGAUGGAUCCAGUGCUCUGUCGUUCUCUAGGCAGUUAACCGCGGUGCUUCUGCUCACGCUCAGUAACCUGCUCUUCAUCCCUCCCAUCGUGGUUGCACUGUACCGAGGCUAUCACACAGAGGCCACAGUCUACCUCUUCACCAUGUUCUUCUCCACAUUUUAUCAUGCAUGUGAUCAGCCCGGAGUGACGGUGCUCUGCAUCAUGGACUAUGACACAUUGCAGUUCUGUGACUUCCUGGGCUCCGUGGUGUCCGUGUGGGUCACUAUUGUCUGCAUGGCUCGUCUGAAGGACACUCUGAAAUACGUCUUCUUCUUGGGUGGCACUCUCCUUGUCGCCAUGGCGAUGCAGCUGGACCGCAGAGGUUUGUGGAACCUUCUAGGUCCUGUGCUGUUUGCAUUAGCCACCAUGAUAACCACCUGGAUUUAUCGUACUGUGAAACGUCGUCACUGUUACCCACCCACGUGGAAGCGCUGGGUUUUCUUCCUGAUCCCCGGCAUACUGUCAGCGGUCAUAGGGCUGUGUGUAUAUGCCUUCGCUCAGACCGACAGCAACUACUACUACACACACUCCAUCUGGCACAUUGUGGUGGCCACCAGUGUGGUGUUCCUGCUGCCACCACGUGAGAAGAACAUCCCACCCUGGGGCUGGUCACACAAACUGUGUGGAUAUAAAAUCUGUCUAAACCAGAAGGAAGACCUGAACAUUGUUUCCUAACUGCACACACACACACACACACACACACACACACACACACACACACACACACACACACACCUACCUUAUUCAGGUGUAAUGAGACAGGGUUUGAUGUAACUCAGAUGACUUUAUGAGCAGAAAUAAAAAAAACUACACAUUAAAAUGAAACACAUCGACAGCACAUGAUCAGAAAGGGGCGGUCCUUACUAAACAUGCUUAGUGCUGAUUGGACACAUUGUAUCACAUGACUCACAUGAAAAAAAGAAGAGCACUUUAUUAGUUUAAUGUGAAGUCACUGUUGUUAUUCCAGUAUACAGGGAUUUAGAGGAUUCUCACAGACAUAACUAUACAUUUAGAAUGUACACAUUAAAUAUAAACCACGAAAUAAAAACCUCAGAAGUCUGAAAUAAACACGAGAAACCUUGCAGAAGUAAACCCAAGGUUCUGGGCUGUGGUUCUCUAAACGUUUCUCAUUCUAAUUUUCUUCAAACAAAACCCUAAAUUUAUAAAUUGUGACUGAAAGCAUCAGUAGAUUUAGUUUGACAGAACAUCCACCAGCCAAUCAGCAGUGAGCGUGUGAUGGCAGUAAGUCCCGCCCCUUUUGUGUGUUGAGAUGGAAGGUGUGAUGACCUGCAGCACUAAACGUACCUGUGGCCAGUGUGAGCAGAAUUCUGUAGGUUCUCCUCUCACAUGUCAGCUUUAUUUAUCUAAAGACUACUACUGACACUGCACUGUUAUUAUUACACAGUCAAUUGUGGUUUGAGCACUUUUUGUGUGUUUGUGUGUGUGUGUGUGUGUGUGUGUGUGUGUGUGUGUGUGAGUGUGUGUGUGUGUGAGAGAGAGAGAGAAAGACCCUAUUUAUAGGAUUUCUUGGUUCUUUUAUCUUAUUGGUUCAUGGACCUCCUCAGCACUUCAUUAUGGUGUGUGUGUGUGUGUGUGUGUGUGUGUGUGUGUGUGUGUGUGUGUGUACACACUAGUUAAGCAUUAAAAUCAGUAUGCAUGUGAUGAUUAAAUAAUAACUAAUAAGAGAAUAUGGGUUCUACAAUGAGGUGAACAUGAUUAUUAUUAAUAAAUCUGAAUGAGGAAUGUUUUAUUAACCGACAAAUUGUUUUAGUAUUAAAUUUACUUUGUAAGGAUUUUAAUAAACUCUGAUCAGUCCUAAUAAAGUGAUUACUCAGUUA